GCGGUGAUCUUUGAGUCACCGACUCAGAGCAUCAAACGAUCAAAAACAGCUUCCUUUUCCCAAUCUCAGUCUGUCGUUUCCCAGUUCGAGCUGUAGCCGAACCACAAAGGAAACGCCUUUGUACUACACUCUCGUUAAUACGUUUCCUAAUUCGCGCCGUAAAUGAGGGCUUCUAUCAAUCGGCCUCCAACUCCGGAUGUAGAUGACGAUCGAGAGCAACAGCCCACUCUACAAGAAAUAAUCAACAUCAAGUUGAUCGAGAGCGGUGAAAAGGAACGGUUAAAGGAGCUUUUGAGGGAAAGGCUUAUAGAAUGUGGCUGGAGGGAUGAAAUGAAAGCUCUUUGCAGGGCAUUUGCGAAGAAGAAGGGAAGAGAUAACGUUACCGUGGACGACCUUGUGCAGGUCAUUACUCCAAAAGGCAGAGCUUCAGUUCCAGAUUCCGUGAAGGCUGAGCUUUUGCAGCGAAUAAGAUCUUUUCUCGCAUCGACUGCUCUUUGAUCUUGCAUAUGAACAGUUGACUAAAUGAUGCCUGAACUCCAUUUUGCUGCCAAAUCCCAAAUGGAGUUUCUCUGCCAUGGCAUGUGAAGUUCUUUGAACUGAUUCGUAGUAGAUACUUGUGAAGAAAAACAUCUGAUUUGCUUCUCAAGAGCAGAAGUCCCAUUCUAGGAUUUUUUUUCUUUUUCUUUUUUUUUUUUUCCUUCUUGUUUUCUUUUUAUAAUUCUCUCAUGUCGGGUUUAGCGGGAAAGAUUGUAUCAGAAGUUGCAUGUUGUUGUCCUCAGUCGACAGACGACAUUCUCUAUCCAUUUAUGAUUAAACCCUUUUGUACUUUUGGUGUGCAGUAAAUUGUAAUGGUAGAUAUUAAGAAAGUAUGUUUAAGCUCUUUUGUUUAAUUAUUAGAAUGUUGUUAUAUUUUGCA